AUGGUGCGCCGCCUGCUGCUUGUCGGCGCCGCAGCCGCGGCCGCGCGCAUCGUCUUCCCGGCGCCCUACGCCGUCAAUGUCGGCGGCGACGCGCUCGUCGACGUCCUCGUCGAGGGCCCGGAUCCGGCGCCCGCCGAGCUCUGGGUCGACGGCGUCCGCGCCUGCCCGGCGCCCGGCGCCUGCGACAGCGACGUCUGCCCGGUGGCGGGUGACGUCGUCUGCGAGGUCGCCGAGGUCGCCGACGUCCGCGGCCUCGACGACGGCGCUUUCGUCGGCGUCCGGACGCGGUUCCGGCUCUCGGGCCUCGACUUCGGCGCGCGGGGCCUGCAGGACGGCCGCGCCGGCGAGGCCGUCGUGCUGCGCGUGGCACCGCCGCGGCCGGCGCUGAAUAUAGGCCAGUGGCACCUGGACCCCGGCUCCUUCGGUGACUCGGCCGACUGGCGAAGGCUGGCCGCGAAGGCCGACAACCUCCGCUACUUCACCACGCUGCGCCUCAACGGCGCCCUGGGCUGCGCGUCGCUGGCUCCGGCGCUCGCGCAGAUACUCGUCGACGCGGCCUUCUUCGACGCCGAGUCGCUCGGCCCCGACGGCGACUGGGUCACGGCCGCGGUCCUCGGCUCCCUGAGCUGCGCCGCGGCGACGCGCGUCGUCGUCUUCGGCGACGCCUGCCCCGCUGGCGUUUUGCGCUGGGCGAGCGUGCUACCGCGGGUCGACGGCCGCGGGCGAUCGAGGGUCGCGGACGGCGACGCGGCCGGGGGCUGCGGCGGCUGGACAUGGGGCCCGCGGCGGCCGGCGACCUUGACUGUCGUCGCGCCGAGGAGGGCCCUGGAGGACGUCAUUGCCGAGGACGGCGGCCCGCUCGCGCGAAUCCUAGGCAUGCCCGCGGCUCGCGGUGGCGCAGCGCCCGCGCGGCCCUCGUCGGCGACGUUGCUGUGGCCCGCGGGCGUCGACGGGCCAACCGUCGGAUUGGCCGUGGGCUCCGCGUGUUGCGCCGCGGCCGCGCGGCUCUUCGGCCCCGAUGAGCCGCUGCUCCUGGGCUUAUUGCCGGACUUCACGUUCCUGGGCGCGCUGAGCUCAUACCCGGAGUCGCUCCACUUCCAGAUGGACCUCGAGAGGCCCGCGUCGGCGCGCGCGGUUCGCGUCGUCAGCGACGCGGACGCGCGGGCUUUUUGCCACACGCUCGCCGGCAACGACACGCUCGCCUUCGUGGGCCCCGUCACGGCGCCCGUCGUCCUCCACGCGCUCCACGUCGCCGCAGGUUACGCGGACCCCGUCCACGCGGGCCAGACGCCCCGGGCGCCGGCGGCCGCGUUGUCGCGGGUCCAAAAGGCGCUGACCUUUCGCGUGCCCGCGGCGCUGGCGUUCGAGGCGCUCGGCGCCGCGGGGUUCGAAGGGCUCGGCGGCCGCUCCCGCGACGCCGCUUUCGCGAAGGUCUCCGACUCGGACGAGGCCGCGCGCGAGUGUCACUUCUCGGCGCUCGUGCGCGGCGGCGCGGCGCCCGCGGCCCUCGGCGCCGUCUGGCGCGUCGGCGGCGAGCUCUGGGCGCACGGCGCGGCGCCCACGGAUGCGCCGUCGAACUCGUGGUCCGCGUGCUUCGUCGAGGAGCUCGACGGGACCCGCCAGUUCCACGACUACCUCGACGACGAGGGGGCCCGGGGGGCGCUCGUCGGCUUGAAGGGCCUGCUCGAGGCGGCGCUGGCCCUCGCGCGCGCGAGGGUCGUCCACCGCGACCUCGGCUCCUGGAAUGUGCUCGUCGAUUCUCAGGACAGAGUGCGCGUCGUUGACUUUGGGUGGGCCGCGGCGCUCGACGACGACGGCGUCGCGUCCGCGGCGUCGCCCUUCGGCGACGCGAUCCACCGCCACACGGGCCUGCGGCUGAACUUUAGGCCGGGCCUAGGGCCCCCGCUCAGCGACGGCGCCGCGGUCGCGGACCUCGCGCGGCUCGCGCGGGCCGCGCUCGACGGAGCGCCGGGCUUCGAGCGCGAGGCGGCGGCGGCGGGCGCCGCCGCCGACGCCCUCGACGCGCACGGCGCGCUCCACCCGGGCCUCGUGGGCUUCGAGGCGGGGCUGGCCGACGCGCUCGCGACGCUCGCGGCGCCGCCGGCGCCGGCGAAGGCGCCGAGGACCUACGCGGCGUGCGCGCCGCCGUCGGCGCGCGGCGCGGGCGACGGCUUCCACGUCCUCGUCUUCUGGGCCGUGUCGCGGCCCGCGUGGGCCGGGCUGCUACUAGCCGCCGAGGCAACCGCGAAACUUGUCGCCGUCGUCCAGCUCGCGCCGGCGCCGACGUGUCAGCGCAUCCAGCGGCUCUACGGCCACCAGCCCCUGGCGUCGCCGAUCCUUGAAGGCAAGUGCGGCUUCGUGGACGGCAAGGGCGAGGCCUUGGUGGUUGUCGCGGACUUUGGUUCGCCGAGCCCGCUCAGCGCGGAUGACGCACCGGGCCCCGCGGCGACGCAGGCGGCCGCGGACGGCCGCGCAAUCUCGCUGAAGCGGCGCCUCCGCGCGCGGCAUCUCGAGCUUGACGUCCCCGUGCCCGACUUCGUCCACGGCACCGUGGACCGCUGCGAGGCCGCGCGCGACGCCUUCUUUUUUACGGGACGGCGCCUCGCGGACCUCGCGGCGCUCGCGGCGUCGGACCCGCCGGUCGUCAACGGCCGCGUCGUCGUGCGCCGGCGUGCGGGCGUCGCGGGCGACGACAAGACGGCCGGCGGCUGGGACAGCUUCCGGGACCUGCUGUUCUACCUGAACGCGACCGUCGCCUACGUUGUCUACCGCAACGGCGCCGCGUGCGUCGCCGGCCGCUGCGGGGACGCGGACCUGUUGGUGGACGACCUGCACGCCGCGGUCGUGGCCGUCGCGGCCGGCGUCGGCGAGGAACCCUCCUCCUGGCCCGGCGCGGGCGCGACACGCUUCGAAUGGAGCGAGCACCACUACGGCACGGUCAUCGCCGGACGACGGGGCUGGGUCGAGAUCCGCCAGUGGGAUGCCGACGAGGGCUUCGGCGACAGCGCGCCGAAGCGGUGGCGCGGCGACAUCCUGAAGCGGCGCGUCUGCGACGGAGAUCACUGCGAGCCGGGACCGCUCGACGCCUUCCACACGACUUUGGACCGCGCGCUGGUGCCGAGGGCCGCGCGGCCGGAUACGCCGAAGCUCGACGCGCGCUACGUCCCCGUGCUGCGGGCCGCGGCGCCGCGCCUCGGCGCCGCGGCGGUCGCCCUCGCGGCGGACCUGCGCGUCGGCGCCCUCGCGGCGUACCACGCGGCCUUCCUCGCGGCCCACGGCUACCUCGAGCCGGGAGCCGACGCGGCGCUCGCGGCGCUCGCGAAUCGCACCGACGCUAUGCCCAUCUUCCACAAGCCCGGCGCACUCGCGGCGCCCUUCGACUCGUCGCUUCACCCGGAACUGAUAUCCGUUCCACCGACAUUCAACUUGCCAGGCUUCUAA